AUGGUGUCCUUCACAGAAAUAAAAGCCUCCAAUGCACUCAUCAACGGUGCAACGGCUCCACGCGUGGCCGUCUUCGUCGGCGGUACAUCCGGCAUCGGAAAACUCACAAUCAGAGCUCUAGUCGAGACAGGCACAAGCACAAGGAUUUACUUGAUCGGACGAAAGAGCUCUGAAGAGAAUGCGCAAACUUUCAUCCAGGAGCUAUCCGCCAUCAACCCCAAGGCAGAAAUAGUUUGGAUCGAAGGCGAGGUCUCGCUGCUCGCGGAAACGAAACGAGUAUGUCAGGUUAUCAAAAGCAAAGAGUCACGCGUUGACUUGCUGUUUCUUACUACGGGAUAUGCACCAUUCGGUCCGCGCGUAGAGACUACGGAGGGUAUAGAAAUUGUUCAGAGCUUGGAGUACUACACGCGGAUAUUGUUCGUUUAUCAUCUUCUCUCGCUUCUAAACAAGGUAGAAGCUCCUAGGGUUGUUAGUGUGUUGGGUGGUGGACUAGAGAAAACCGCUAUCGACCUGGACGAUUUGGACUUGAAAAAACCUGGCAAUUUCGGCGGCAUAAAGGCCCAGAUGCAAUACAUGGCCAUGAACACAACGACAUUAGAAAAGCUAGCCAGCGAAAACCCGGAUAUUACAUUCAUCCACUCCUGGCCCGGAUGGGUCAGCACGGGAAAUGUGCGAAGAGGCCGCGAUCCUAAUUCUUGGAUGGCCUGGAUUGUCCGGGUCUUCUUGGAACCUAUCAUUACCUUGUUCAGCUUCAACGACGAGGAGUCUGCGCAGAGGCAUUUGUUCCAAAGUACCAGUGCUGCUUUUGGUGGGCGUGGUGUGCCAUGGAAGGGGACGCCUGGUGUGAAUUCACUGCAGCAGCAGGCGAAUGGCCUGUUUCUCGUCAACUAUAAGUGUGGCUGUACUCCGAAUGCAAAGGCUAUGGCUAUACUUCGAGAGAAGGCGCAGGAGAAGAUUUGGGAUCAUACGCAGGAAGUUCUUCGGCCAUAUUUGUAG